AUGUGCGGUAUAUUAGCAAUUUUUCACUCAACUAUCGAGAAGCAUCGGCUAAGGAGGAAGGCCCUUGAACUGUCGAAAAUCUUGAGACACCGGGGACCCGACUGGAACGGCAUAGUGGUCGAAGAAAAUGAUGAUGGCACAACAAACGUACUAGCCCACGAGCGACUAGCAAUAGUAGACGUUCUUUCAGGGAAUCAACCAUUAUAUGAUGAUGAGAAGGAAAUAUGUUUAACUAUUAAUGGGGAAGUAUAUAACCAUAUAGAAUUAAAAAAUUUAAUUAGUGAAGACAUUUUAAAGAAUUUAAAAAGUCAUUCAGAUUGUGCAGUUAUACCAAAUUUAUAUAAAAUAUAUAAAGAGAAAGUUCCUUCAAUGUUAUAUGGAAUAUUUGCAGGAGUUAUAAGUGAUACAAAAAAUAAUACUUUUUUUGCUUUUAGAGAUCCUAUAGGUAUAUGUCCACUUUAUAUAGGAUAUGCAGCCGAUGGUUCAAUAUGGUUUGCUUCGGAAUUUAAAGCCUUAAAAUAUGAUUGUAUUAGAUACGUUUCUUUUCCUCCUGGUCAUUAUUAUUUAAAUAAUAAUAAUAGAGGAGAAUUUGUUAGGUACUUUUCUCCUACAUGGUGGGACUUAAAGAGUCCAAUACCAAACAAUAAAGCUGACUUAGAGCAAAUCCGUUUACAUUUAGAGCGCUCUGUAUUGAAAAGACUAAUGGGAGAUGUUCCUUUUGGAGUUUUGUUGUCAGGGGGGUUGGACUCGUCCAUUGUAGCUGCGAUUAUAGCGAAGCAUUUGAAAAGUCUAAACAGAGGUAGUCACACAGACAGUCAAAUUGGCAGUCAUAUUGACCAUAAUAACUGCGCACCUUUGAGCAACAGCAAUGAUGCAAUUGGUCCAAAUAAGUUGAAGAGCUUUUCCAUAGGACUAAACAAUUCACCUGACCUAAAAGCAGCAAGAGAAGUAGCAAAUUUCUUGGGCAGUAACCAUACAGAAUUUCAUUUCACUGUAGAGGAAGGAGUCGACUCGUUACAUGAUGUUAUUUAUCAUAUCGAAACGUAUGAUAUUACAACAAUACGUGCAUCUACACCUAUGUAUAUCUUAUCUCGAUUAAUAAAAAGUAGUUGUGUAAAAAUGGUUUUAAGUGGUGAAGGAGCGGAUGAAAUAUUUGGUGGGUAUUUAUAUUUUCAUAAGGCUCCUAAUAGAGAAGAAUUUCAUAGAGAAUUACAAAGAAAAGUACAUGACUUACAUAUAUAUGAUGUGUUACGAGCAAAUAAAUCAACUAUGGCAUUUGGAAUAGAAGCUCGUGUUCCUUUCCUUGAUUUAGAACUACUAGAAUUAGUUAUGAAUAUUGAUCCGCAAGAAAAAAUGUGUACAAAUAAUAGAAUAGAAAAAGAUAUUUUAAGAAAAGCUUUUUCUGGUUAUUUACCCGACCAUAUUUUGUACAGGCAAAAAGAGCAAUUUUCAGAUGGUGUAGGUUAUAACUGGAUUGAUGGAUUAAAAGAAUAUGCAGACAAAAAAAUUUCUAACACUCAAUUUUCAAGAGCACCUUUUCUUUUCCCAUAUAAUACUCCAAAAACAAAAGAAGCAUAUUUGUAUAGAUGUAUUUUUUCCGAAUGCUUUCCUGAACAGUGUGCUCAAGAAUCAGUACCGGAAGGACCAUCCAUCGCAUGCUCUACUAGCAAAGCAGUUGAAUGGGACAAAACGUUUAAAGAAAAUGCUGACCAGUCAGGUAGAUCAGUCCUAGGAGUACAUACAAACUGCAAGCAGUUUGAAGACGUGAAAGUAAUGCAUAUACUCUCUGAUGAAGAUCGAAAUUUUAUGUAA